AGGCAGAAGGUCAUGUGACAUAUCUCUUUGAAGAAAAUAAAGUGAGGGCAGCAGGGAUGAUUCACAAAGAGGUGACAGAUGAAUCCUGGCACACCAGGAGAGGGAAGUACUACUUACCAUGCACCUUGAAAAUGUUACCAGCAAAAUAAACUCACCUAAUUUGAUAAUUGCUUGUUUAUUUGAAAAAUAAAAACAAUAACAAGGAAAGAAUGUUGCCAGUAAAGAUGGUGACCAUUUAGCAGGGUAUAAAAGGGGCCCAGGGCAGGGAGGCCUCCACAUCUCACAGACCUCCACCUCGCAAACUCACCCAGAACCUCAGCCCCGACACCAUGGUCAACUCCUGUUGUGGCUCCGUCUGCUCUGAGCAGGGCUGUGGCCAGGAGAGCUGCUGCCAGCCCAGCUGCUGCCAGACCACCUGCUGCAGGACCACCUGCUGCCGGCCUAGCUGCUGUGUGUCCAGCUGCUGCAGACCCCAGUGCUGCCAGUCUGUGUGCUGCCAGCCCAGCUGCUGCAGGCCCAGCUGCUGCAUCUCCAGCUGCUGCAGGCCCAGCUGCUGCAUCUCCACCUGCUGCAGGCCCCAGUGCUGCAGGCCCAGCUGCUGCAUCUCCAGCUGCUGCAGGCCCCAGUGCUGCAGACCCACCUGCUGCAUCUCCAGCUGCUGCAGGCCUCAGUGCUGCCAGCCCUGCUGCUGUCGCCCCAGUUGCUGCAUCUCCAGCUGCUGCCAGCCCACCUGCUGUGAGACCACCUGCUGCAGGAACACAUGUUGCAGACCUUCCUGCUGCAUCUCCAGCUGCUGUAGGCCCCAGUGCUGCCAGCCCACCUGCUGCAUCUCUAGCUGCUGCCGCCCUAGCUGCUGUGUGUCCAGCUGCUGCAGGCCCCAGUGCUGCAUCUCUAGCUGCUGCCAACCCAGCUGCUCUAGUGCCUCGUGCUGCUGAGAGCAUGGCCCUGCCUGCUAGGGGGCUUCAUCACUAGUCAGCCCUGGUGUAGACCGCUGGGCAGCUGAGUUAUGAGGGGGGGAUUAUGAAACCUCAGCUCCACCUGGGAUUGCUUUUGGCCUCCACAUGUUGACCCUCCACCCCGUUAUGGGAUCACAAAUGUAUACCUGUUUAAACUCUGUCAAAUACUCUUGGAUCCCUAUGGAAAUAUCUGUUUUCUCCCCCAUUUUCUCACCUGGAACUAUCCUAACCUCUUAAAUAAACUUGAAGUUUUCAGACAACCUGCAUAAA